AUGGCUGUGGUUGAAGGGAGGGAGAUGCCAAGGAAGUUUUCAGACGAACAAUAUCAGUAUUCACCUUCCAUCUUCCUUCAAAAAAAACCCUUAAAGCAACCCCAACAUAACACAGAAGUUGCUGCUGAAGGCAUCGACUCCAACAGCUUCGUCUCGGAGAAUAUGUCAAACAAGACGACGACUUCGAAGGACAAGGGUAAGAGAGUCCAAGAGAUUGAUAACGGUACGACACAGAGCUACAAGAUGAGGUUUCUGAAGCCAGUAAUAAGGCCUUCAAUGUUCAAACUGUCAUUACCUAUAACUCCCGAUGAGCUACCAAACCGUACCCCCUACCUGGACCUGGUUGUGCCUGACGGAAGGAAUAACCCCUGUCGGUGCUUCUGGACGCAACUCCAAAGUGGCAAAAUUGCAUUGACUCGAGGCUGGGAGGAGUUCUAUCAGAUGUACAAAAUCAAUCUGGACUCCAUGCUAUAUUUCACACACAAAGGAAACUCCACUUUCCAAGUCAGGAUUUUUGAUUUUGGUGGCAUUGAGAACUCCUACCAACUCCGUGAUCCUGAAGAACCACCAUAUGUAAGGACUGGUAAUUACGAAAUUGUAAAGUGUAUCAACAUCCCUCCUUCAGCCAGUGCUAGAGCGGUUGCCGCAAAGGUCAAAAGCAAGUGGCCUUUCUUUGUGAUGGACCUAACUGCUCGCAUGAUGUCGUCGCGAUUAUUGCCGAACGUCCCUCAUCUCAGUCACUUCACUGGUCAGAGGCACCCUAUCAUCCUCACACAUGGCCACAUACAGGUCGAAGCUACAUAUACAAGGUACAGUGGAAAAAGGGAUGGUAGCUUCGGCGUUAUUUCUGGAGGAUGGGAGAACUUUGCUUCAUUGUACAACUUCAAGCCAGGUGGUGUGGGGAUCUUCGAGAUUAAAGGAUACACAUUGAAUGGGAUGUUGACAAGUGGCGAUGAUGGUGGAUGCAGUUUGUGUUCGGGAAGCAGUGUUCAUUCCAAUUGUUGCUGGGUGGACUUUUGUGAUCCAAGAUGCACGUUGGUCGAUGAAAUUGACAGCCAUGUGGUUGCCGUCGCCGUUCAGAUGCUGGAAACUGCAGUCACAGGUGGAACACUGGGAAAGGAAAUUGAUGAAGAACCGAGAACCCAAAGGCUAAAGGGUCAUAAUAGUCAACAAUGUUACGAAUGCUAG